AUGGGAGAUAACAACUCAUUGAUUGGUGGUAAGUCUUUACAGCGGCAGAUCAAUGAUGAGGUCAUUAUUGUGCAACUCCUGGUGAUGAUUUUUCUUUGUAUCAACUUUUUGCUCAUCUUAACCUUUUUUCAAAAGGAGUGUUUCUACACAACUACACGCUACAUCUUGUUUGCAGUUACACUGCUGUCUGAUAGCUUUAUAUUACUCGUGACUGAUGUCCUUCUCAUCUUACACUAUUUUCAAAUUCCCAUGCAUGUUUGGUUAUGCAUCAUUAUCUCUAUUCUAUCAAUUCUGUAUAAUACGAUCACACCAGUUACUCUGACAGCAAUGACCCUGGAACGCUAUGUGGCCAUAUGCAUGCCCCUGCACCAUGGACAGUUGUGCUCCAUUCACAACACUUUGUGCUCCAUUCACAACACUGUGAGCUGCAUCCUCAUCAUUCACUGCCUCAGCUCUGUACCCUGUAUUGUUGUCCUCUCUACUUUCUUUGCAUCAGUCUCUCUUAGCUUUUAUGAACAACACAAUGUAUGUACCUUGGAGAUAUUUCUUGUGCACAGGUGGCAGAAACAUCUUAGGUCAGCUGUUCAUCAGUUUUACUUCUUGAUUAUGUGUAUUACUAUUGUAUUAUCCUAUGUUAAAAUACUGAAAGUA